AUGCAAUUCGACUCUGACCUCGUGUCAAGGCCUCAUCCGCCGGAAGACACCGAUUUUUACGAUCGCAGGAAACUGGCCGCCCUCAUUUUUACGACAGCCGUCUUCGCUGUGCUCCAAAGCGGCAUCGAGAAGCAGCGUCUGUCAGGUUCCCAAACGAUAGACCAUUUCAACGCCGGUAAAAUGGAUCUUGAUCAGCUGCUUGAAGAAACUACAAAGGGCCAGCGUAUCACUGUCGAAUGGCAGAACCUGGGUCUUCACAUCAUCUCGGUAAAGGGGGGCAACCCAUCGCCUAGGGCCAGCGGAAGACGGUGGGCAGAUCGGGCCGUCGCGGCAGCGGCACGCUUCGGUGUCCCACUGACCGAAGCCGAUGCGCAACGAGGCAAAUGCGCAUCAGCCGCAGUCGUCAGGUCAGAUUCCGCCCUACUAAUGCCGUCAUCGUGA